UCGCGCAAAGUUACCUGGCGAUUUUUUUUUGGUUUGUGUUUUGCCUUGGUACUCUCGACAUUGUGAUUCAUUGAGCGGCAACCUGGAACAAGACGUGGUCGUUGUGAGCAAUUGCAACAAACAAAGUUAAAAUUGGAUACCAAGCUGAGUGAAGACUGAAUUAUCUUUUCUUGACAUAUCAUUCAAAAUGGGAGUAGAUUUAAAGAAAACUAAGAUGUACAGAGUUAUUGCUAAAGGUCGGAGAAAUCAAAUUUUAAAGGUAACCAAAGAGUUUGUCAAGUCCUGUAAAGAUCCGAACAUAAGAGACUCGGACACAGGGGGCAACCUACUACACCACAUUGUCAGCCAUCAUGAGAAGUUCAACAACCCAGAGAUGAUGACCGUGGUCUACUCUCUGGCCUUGAUGGACAUUGAGGUGGACGUCCAGGACUACAACGGCGACACCGCACUGCACUGCGUGGUCAGACAGAAGGGAGCGUAUAGGAUCAUGGUGGCACUUAUGAGAUUUGGUAUCAACACCAGUCUCAGAAACUCUAUCGGUAUGACGGCUGAGGACAUACUCAGAAAAGACAAACCUCCUGGCUACGAGGAGAUGUUACACUGGUACAAUAAAUUAAACCCAGGUUUAUGGUGUGCACUCCAAGAGCAGAAGCCAGACCGCCACCUGGUGGAGAAAUUAUUGAAAUCGUGGUGCCGAGUGACAACGGUGAAGAACGGGAAGAGUGUCAACAUGAAAUAUUUAGUGAUGGGAGAUAUUUACAAACAUCCGCUGCUGAGGAUGAUGGAGCGUUAUGAACAGACCAACGAGUUAUCUCUCACCUUGCUAGCUGGACAGGGGGCAGUAGUACGUCGCAGACUCCAAGAAGGUUAUUUCAUGAAAGUGAACAUCGACGCAGUAGACGCCUCCCACCAACUGCGUUAUCCUGAUUAUCCUGAGGCCCCGAUCCCUCUGGUGGCAGCUACAUGGGAAACAAACUGCCACGAUGCCAUCGAUGCUGUCAUGGAUAUGAACCCUAACAUCUCGGUGUUAUACGCCCCUGACAAGGACAUGAUACCGACGCCCGUCAUUUUCAGGCUACUCAGCAGUCCCUACAGACCAAAAGAGUUGCGCACCAUUCACCGCAUAUUAGAGUGUGCCGAUGCGUCACUGCGGAGUCACACGGGUCAGACCCUGCUGUUCCAGGCCAUCUACUCUGAAGAACCAAUGAGCACGGUGAAGCUGCUGCUCCGCAAAGGCGUCGACAUCGGCGCCCGCGACUACGUGGGGAGAACCGCCAGGGACUUCGCGGAAAAGCUCCAGCGAAACAAAUAUGUUCGAACCCUGGACAAUUACGUGCUACAGGCAAUCAAAGCCAAAGAUUUCCCGAGGGUGGAGCGCCUGCUUCUGGACGGCUAUGAUCACGUGAGCAAUAUCACAGACGAGGGAGGUCGUACAGCUGUGGAGACAGCCAACAAACAAUCUAGUCCUCAAGUGUCGGAGAUUGUCAGACUAGGGGACGAAAUCCAAUGCCACGUCAAACGAGUGUUUCAAGCCAUUGACGACGGGAACAUCGAGAACGUCCACAAGCUGCUGGCCUGCAAGAAGUACGCUGCCGGACGAGAUGACUGCGGGCGUACCCCAUUGCUGAAAGCUGUCCUCAAGGGGCGUAGAAUCAUCGCCAUCAAGCUUGCCACGGACUGUGGGUUCACUAUUAACAUGCAAGACUCGUUAGGACGAAGUGUUCUUCACUAUGCUUACCUAUUUAUGGAUGACCCGGAAAUGAUUCAACUGCUGAAAAUUUGUGGUGCGAAUCCAGAUCAAACUGACGUUAGAGGUAGAGUCCCAAAGGCAUACAGUCUGUCAGAGUGCGGAUCCAUUGAGUUCUUACGUCUGCAGCGCGAAGUUUUGGAUGCAGACCUUGACAUUUACACAUUCAGAACGGACUUUGAGAAAUCCUUCCGCUCAGCUUUAAAGACAGCUGAUUUAAGUAGAGUUCAGUUCUUGGUGGCCGGGUUGGCAGAGCACGGGGAUGUAAGCAGAUACAGCCACUUGCUGUUCGAUUGUUUGGAUCUAUGUAGAGAGGACAUCGCAAUUUUUCUCCUAAACUCGGGAUUCAAGCCGGACAUUACCCGUCGGGAUCCCAAGUGUUGCCCCCAAAUGGAGGAUGUGUGUUCCAGGUUACAGUGUAGCCACAAAAACAUCAGUUUGAGACAGAGGGCGAUAGAGAAUGACUGCAGUAGAGUUCUAAAACUGAUCCUCCACUUGACUAAACAAUAAGACUUUGACCAUUGUAUUGCAUCAUGUCAAAUUUCAUAAAACAAAAAAAAAAAGGAACUCAUUCCAAAGGAGAAAAUAAUAUGUACAGGCCUACAUGUUUUCACUUUGUGUAGAAUACCAUCAAUUACGACCACGGUAGACACACAUCUCUUACAAUGUUCUUCGUAACUUGUAACCAUUGGUGUAACAUCUUAUCUUCUUAUCUUAUAUAAUACAGACGUUACUUCAAAAAAAGAAGAUGAUUACGUCCUAAGUGUCAUGCAUUUAGUCAUGCAUUUUAACCAAUGACUUAAACUCUGCCAAUCAUCCUUUCAAUACUGUCUCAUAUUACAACCAAAAGCAUUUUAAUCGACAUAAUAAUAUAAUGGCCUGCUCAUGCCCCACAUCAAGUAGUCCUACUGUUUUUUGAACUAUAAAAAAUAGUAUUGCCAUUGAUUGUAGAUUGUAGAUUGUAGAUUACAUUGUGCAAACUUAUAAGUUAUUACAAAAUGUGUUUUAUAAUUAAAAUAAUUUAACCACAUUCCACUGUUCCCAGACAACCAGAAAGUACUAUAUUGGCCUCCUCCAGUCGUAGAAAGACUAUGGUUCAUCUCGAACACUUUUUCCUAUGGCUGUGGAGCCCUAUUUUGGAGACUCCCGUCCACAUAUAUUGCAGGUCAAGGUGGCUUUCGCUUUGGUGGUAGAAGAGCUGGCCAUUUUCCGUGAGGCACGCUUUUCUUCAAGAGCUGAGACCCAUGUUUUCUCGCUGUCCAUAGCAAAAAAGUAAUGUCACGGAUAAAGCCCCUUUUAAGCACCAUAACCUAUAACAACGUAUUUUUAGUUGCACCAGUGAACCAGGCGUAUUUAUACAUUUCCCAACAUUCCUGUUAUCACGUGAUUUUUCAAACGAGUACUUCAAACUAAAAUCAUUUAAAACAUUUGGGAGACAAUUGUUUUGAGUACACCCCUUUUAAAUUAUUUUCUUUUGACACUUGAUACACACUGCCCAAGCUCGUCACAUGUGUACAUAAUUGUAUCAUAUUGCUCGAAUGUACAUAAUUGUAUCAUAUUGCUUGAAUGUACAUAAUUGUAUCAUAUCAGUUGAAUGUACAUAAUCGUAUCAUAUCAGUUGAAUGUACAUAAUUGUAUCAUAUUGCUUGAAUGUACAUAAUUGUAUCAUAUCAGCUGAAUGAACAUAACUGCAUCAUAUUGAUUGAAUGUACAUAAUUGUAUCAUAUUGAUUGAAUGUACAUAAUUGUAUCAUAGUGCUUGAAUGUACAUAGCCUAAUUCUAUCAUAUCUGUUGAAUGUACAUAAAUAAAUAUACAAAGCCUUUUUUAUUGAAACUUUAAUGUAUGUGUUUGUUUAGACUUUAGACAUUGAGAAUAUAGUUUUAGUUCUGGAGGAGAAAAGUAUGUCGUGUAUAAAGUUAUAAAUAGAUGCAAGCUGCAUACAGCCUUGUUACGUGCUUUUUACUAAAUAAUGUAGAGUUUGUAUGUAGAGUUUGUAUGAAGAGUUUGUAUGAAGAGUUUGUAGACAAAAAAUCUU